CUGAGGCCACGAGCUCCUUUCUGCUUCCUGCGGUCUUUGACGGCCGGGUCUCGGCUCAAGGAGUCGCUCAUAAAAACCCAAACAGCUCCGUGGGCGUGAAGUCUCGGCCUCACAUCUACUUCUGCCGCUCGCCCAACAUGGAGGACUUCAGCUGCUGGUGGCGCCCGCUGGAGAACCUGACGGAGGAAGUGUCCUACGUCCUCACAUACUCCAAAGACAAGGAGCCUCAGCAGGAGUGUCCGGACUACGUGAGCUCCGGACCCAACAGCUGCCACUUCGACAAGAAACACACCAUCAUCUGGAAGUUUUACUGCCUGAACGUCACCGCCGUCACCAAACACGGGAACUACACUUCCCAGAAUCACUGCCUGGACGUGGCCGACAUAGGUGAGGAGUAGAGCGGUGCAGGAAUGAUAUAUUUCUGUAGUUCGACCCGGAAGUAAGCUGCUGGUUCCCUCGACAAAAAAGCAACGGGAUUGCUCCAUAGGACUUUGGAAUAUGUAAAAAAUAAGGUCUGUGGAAAACUAACCGGUUUGAUAAAUGUUUUCUUCAUCCGGA